AUGUUCUCGACUCAACUUCCCGAUAGUUUCAACGUGGAACAAUAUCCAAUGCUUUUUGGGAUUAUGCGACUAUUUGUAGAGAAAAAUAAUGAUUCAUUAAUAUCUGAAUAUCAAAUAAAAUUAUUGCUCAAAGGUGAUACUUUAAUACGAACUCAAGAAAAAUCUAAUCGAGAAAAUAUACUCAAUGAAUUGGCUAUUUUCAAAGAAAAAUGUGAUGAAAAUGAACGAAUCUUAUCAUUUGAGUUUAUUACUAAAAUUGGUCUUUCUUCCGAUAUCAUACUUGAAAUUGCCAAAUAUCUCACAUUAAAUGAUGCAAUCAAUGUAUUUUCCACUAAUAUUCUUCUAUUACUUCGUCAAUAUGAAGCAAAAGUAGAGAUUUAUCAACCUGCCAAUGAAUUCAUUAAUAUGAUUCUUCGAAAACUCAAGCCUAAACAAAUUGUCUCUUUACGUCUUAAUACAAUUUGGUAUUGGACACAACCAGAAUUAGAGUCAUUAGUUAUUUCGACUAAUGUCAUCUCAUUAACUCUUCUCAAUUUUCAAGAAAUAAAUUCAAUUAACAAGUGCGAAACAUAUUUUCCUAAUUUGAUUCGUCUUUCUCUUUGGUAUGACAAUGAGGUGAGUGUUGGGUUUUUGAAUCGUAUCUUCGAAUAUCUUCGUCGUUCAAUCAAAAGAUUUGAAGUUCAUUGUCCAGCAUUAGUUUGUUCUCAUUAUUUUUCAAAUCAGUACAAUAUGACAUUCUCGAAAAACAUUGGAAUUGAACAUUUUCUUCUUGAUAUAAGUCACUUUCCAUUAUCUUCUAUGAACGAUUGCUUACAACAGAAUGAAUCAUGUUUUUUGAUGACAACAAUUGAUUUUAUUCAAGAUAUGUCUAAUAUUCGAGAUGUUCGAUUAAUUACUAAUAAAUAUAAUAUAAAUAAAUUAUUAGAUUUAAAUGAAUGGAGAAGAUUGGUAGAUAAUUGUUUUCUAUUGAAGAAAAUUACAUUGAAAAUUUUGGGAAAUAUUCUACAAGAUGAAGAAUUAGUGAAGAAAAUAACAAUACUUCAAGAAGGGUUGAGACAAGCAGUCGAAUUUCAAGUUAUAUCAAUGUGA